UAUGGCUCGUCAAACCCUUUGCCGCGGUUAUAAUUGUUUUGGCGGGCUAGUAUUGUCCUUCCCUCAAGUAGCUGCUAUGCGUCUUGAGUUGCAAUAGUCAAUUGGUGGCCUGAUUCUUGCAUACUUUUGUUAACACGUUAGGUACUCAAAAUAGUAGUGAAGAACACAUGGAAGGUAGCUUUUUGGGUGUUGUGUACCUAUCAUGUUAGUAUUCAUGGACCAUUCGAGUCGCUCCUCAAACCCCGUGAAUCACCAAAUGAAGAAAGAGCGUAGUGUCCACAGAAAGCCAGAGUGGCAAAAGAGUGCUAUCAGAACUUGUGGAUACUGGUCUGAACAGCUAAGCUCCAAGGGGAAAAUUUACUUCUACAAUUGUAUGACGGAAGUUUCACAAUGGCAGAAACCACCAGAAUGGAAUUUACCGGAAAUGAACAGGAGGGACCUUCUCAGGCUGCUGAGUGAACGGAAGCACAAUGAAGAAAAUAAUCUCAAAAGACCCCAUGCGACUUCAGAAACUGAAUCCGGAGCCGUGAAAGGUGAUCGUUCGCUUCCACCUACCGAGUUUAAACGAACUAAGUUUUCAUACAACUCGGAAGUUCGACGGCCAAGUUCAUCACAUUUGGAUACCGCUGUAACCAAUCAUGCGGGUGAUGCACGUUACAUCACAGAAGUGUUACAUGGUGACGGGAAAAGUCAUGUUAGUCGCUCAGGGUUUUUUGAUUCGCGUUACGACCUUUUGAAAAAGACCAAGCAACAACACAUGCCAUCCAGGACAUCUACAACUGACGAUAUGGAGAUAUCUCCAAAUAGCUCUCCGUUAUCAGACGGCAGCUCUACAAAGUUUCCGACUGAGAGGAGAAUAUCUCCACAGCGAUCAAUUUUAGAGAAUUCUUCCCCGAGUACUUUUUGUUUCCAGCGUCCCAAGACCUGCCAGUUAAAAGGAGCAGAGAUGACUUCGGGUCGUGAUGCAGUUCAAAAGUCAGAAAAAUCCACAUUGCACCAGUUGGUUAAUGCCAUUCGAGCAUCCAUCGGUGAUUUGCUUGAACAGUCUCCUAAUUCCUUGUCAGCAUGUACGGCGAGUAAACUAUCACCGUCCACCAACGGUAUGGUUUAUGGGUCUAACAGGACAAGUGUUACAUUAGGAAGCAAUCAAGGUGUCCAGUCUCAACUUUCCCCGAGUACUAUCAGUAAAGGAUGUAAACAGUCCCAAAUUGACGACAGAUUACACCCUUUCAGUUCAUUCCCAAGUUCUAACUCCAGACAAUUAAGCGCUGAUAGUCCGGUGGCAUAUUCCAGUUCAGUCGAAGUACAGUCCCGGAACUAUAGUGUACAUAAGGAUACCACACACGGUACUAGUCAGUGCCUAACGAACAAUAAGAUUUCACAAUCCGCUGCUGAGAAAGGACUUGUUGUUCCCGUUUAUGAUGGUAAAGGAUCUGUGAAUGCUAAUUGUGAGAACGCUUUGCGGGCAAUUCAUAACCAAAAUUUACAAAAUGGAAAAUUGAAACAGAUAUGGGAGAAAUCUUCAAGCGGUUCUUCACAUCCGUCUAAUAAAACAAGCUCAAGUCUGCAACAGUCUCGAUCUGCUGACGACGAGAAGAUAGUAUCCCCGUACAUACCACAAUGUCGUCCAGACAGACCGGAUUUAUAUGUUGCUCGACAAUGCAAUGAAUAUGAUUGUUUUUGUGUUAAUGUAACUACUGGAGUAACACUUUUGGGUACACGUGCUAGUCCUGCUGAAGUUGGAGAUUGUUCAACAGCUGUGUACUCAGUGUUACUUGCUUUACAUCUAAGACGUAUUCUACCCUCUUCUGUUGUUGAUGAACCUCGUCAAUCAGGUUUAUUUAAGACUGGUGAUAGUAGCAUGGUGUUAUGGGAUCAUGAUGCAUCUUUAAAGUUGCAUAUACGAAAAAGCAUAGAGGGAAUUCUGCGUUCAGCUGUUGGAUUUCAACGAGUCACCAAUAUUACUCGUGUAUCUAAUAAACCAAAUACUCAAGAUUUGUUUGGAACUUCUGACUUUGUAUACUACCAAGUCGAACUCACAUCCACUGGUCAUAGUUCAUUACAAGCACCUCAGGACCUUUUAGAACAUCGCCUUCAUGAAGGAUUCUUGUCAGAUGUCGGUGCUGUUGAUCCGCGUAUGAGUUACGUAAAACUUAUUCAACCAAAGAUUCCAGAUCCAGCACCUGUAACGCCAUUGCAUGAAGUACCCUCUCAAGACUCUGAGGACUUUUUAAAUAAGCAAACUAUUUUUCAUCCAACUAAAAGUGAGACACCUCAGAGUGCAGCUCAACCCCAGUCUACUGGACACAAAAUGGUUGCAGUGAGAAGUUCAGAGCUAUCUGAAGCUUCCUAUCUUGGUUCCCAGCAGUUAUUGGGUGUGAAACCGUUGACUUCUAAGUCGUCUGGAAAUGCAGCCCAUAUACUGGGACCUUUUUCUGCUAGUGUUAUGGAUCCAGGUGCAUCAGCGGUACGUCAGACAUCAAUCCAGAGUAGAUCGCUUCAUCGUCAGUCGUGGACUACAGGAACAUCAACUUCUCAAAUUCUAAGUCAACCUGGUGUUAUUGCCGGCAUUGUUGGUAGUGUUGUUGUUGUCCUGUUACUGUUAAUUCUUCUCAUUCUAUUCUGUAUUUAUCGUUUACGUAAAAAAGAUGAAGGAUCAUAUGCUUUAGAUGAACCGAAAAAGUUACCCGCUGUCAACACUUAUACCAGAGCGCCAACACGAGAAUUCUAUGCUUAA